CCACACAGCAAAACCACCCGCGCUCCGCCAAUCCAGAGAGCGAGCCAGCCCGAGCUCACACAGCAGCGAGCUCGGUCUUCUCGCCAGGACACGAACACGACCCCAGCAGGCGGCAGGCAAGCCACGCUCUCUCGACGGGCGGACGUUAAUCGAGACAUGGGGCGCUCUCCGUGCUGCGAGAAGAUGGGGCUGAAGAGGGGUCCGUGGACGGCCGAGGAGGACAGGAUUCUGGUGGCGCACGUCGAGCGCCACGGCCACAGCAACUGGCGCGCGCUGCCCAAGCAGGCGGGCCUGCUCCGCUGCGGCAAGAGCUGCCGCCUCCGCUGGAUCAACUACCUGCGCCCCGACAUCAAGCGCGGCAACUUCAGCCGGGAGGAGGAGGACGCCAUCAUACAGCUCCACCAAAUGCUCGGCAACAGAUGGUCGACAAUCGCUGCCAGGCUGCCGGGGAGGACGGACAACGAGAUCAAGAACGUCUGGCACACCCACCUCAAGAAGCGCCUGGAGCCAAAGCCAGCCAGCCAGCAGGCGCCCAAGCGCAAGCCCACGAAGAAGCAGCAGCCGCAGCCGGAGCCCGAGCCCGUAACGACGCUCGAGGGGCCGGCCGGAGCCGUGCCGCCGGUGGCGCCGGAGCGGUCACUCUCCACGACGACGUCGACCACCACCAGCACCGCGGACUACUCGCCCGCCUCGUCGCUGGAGAACGCGGGCGACAGCUUCACCUCGGAGGAGGACUACUACCAGAUCGACGACAGCUUCUGGUCCGAGACGCUGGCCAUGACGACGACGGUGGACAGCUUCGAGUCCGGGGUGCAGCAGGCGGAGGGCAGCUUCGGCAAGUCGGCGGCGGCGCCGUCGUCGACCAACGACGACAUGGACUUCUGGCUCAAGCUGUUCAUGCAGGCCAGCGACAUGCAGAAUUUGCCCCAGAUUAUUUAGGCGGGAAACGGACCUAGACGGUUUGUUAUCUCUCGGCUGAUGAUGAUAUUCAUUGGGCGCGCGCUCACGAUUCUUUGAAUCUUCGUUCUGCUCCGUUUUCGGUGGAUGUAUAUAUAUCCCACUGAAACCUUGUGAAGCGGAAAGCAAUUGCUUCGUA